ACCAUCUCUCUGCAACACCACUCAUCAAAAUCAAAUCAAUAUUCAUAAAUUUGUGGGGACCAUCAAUUCCAAUCCUACAAACAUCACAGCCAGGAAAUAUCACUGAAUAAACCCACUGUUCUUAAUAGUGGCGGCAGCACCAUAUCAUAUAGGCAGAAUAAUGCAGAGGUCAAACCGUGAUGCAUAUAAUGAUUCACAAUCUUUAUAUGGAAUCGAAAAUCUUUAUUAAAACAAAAAUCAAAUGCCAUUUAAACUGCUAUUUUCAAUGAUUCUUUAGUUUCUUUUUUAUUUAUUUUCUGUGAGCGGUAUUAGUAUUAGUGAUAAGAGUUCAAGAAUCUUGCAGCUUCAAAAUCCAUCAUGAUGCAGAGAUGGAACAGAAAAAGAUCCCAUUUUCAGUUUGCAGCAUUAGUAUUAUUAAUCUUUAUCGGGUGUUCAAUUCUUUACAACGAGAGUAGCAUUCCAAGAAUCCAUGAUGACCCACAUCAUGUCUCUCAAGAACAAGAAACUGCCUUUACUUACAUUAAACCAAAUCUUGUUAGCCACUCUAAAGAUGCUCCUGAGUUUUUGGAUAGAUUUGUUAGAUGCAACCUGACUAAGGAGUACAGUGGUAAGAAAAUCAAGUGGAUUGACCCGAAACCGAAAUUGGGUCGGCGGAGAGAGAGUUUGGAGAGGUGUGAUGUGUUUUCUGGAAAAUGGGUAUUUGAUAAUAAAUCAUAUCCACUUUACAAUGAGUCUGAUUGCCCGUACAUGUCGGAUCAACUGGCAUGUCACAAGCACGGAAGGUCUGAUUUGGGAUACCAGUAUUGGAGGUGGCAACCUCACAAUUGCAAUUUGAAGAGAUGGAAUGUGACUGAAAUGUGGGAGAAGUUGAGAGGGAAGAGACUGAUGUUUGUAGGUGAUUCACUAAAUAGAGGGCAAUGGAUAUCGAUGGUCUGUUUGUUACAGUCCGUGAUUCCAGCAGAUAAGAGAUCUAUGUCACCAAAUGCUCCUCUUACCAUAUUCAGGGCAGAGGAAUACAAUGCCACUGUGGAAUUUCUUUGGGCUCCACUUCUUGUUGAUUCUAAUUCUGAUGACCCCGUGAAUCAUAGAUUGAGUGAGCGGAUAAUCCGUCCAGAUUCAGUUCUGAAGCAUUCAGCAAAAUGGGAGCAUGCUGAUAUACUAGUUUUCAACACAUACUUGUGGUGGAGGCAAGGCCCUGUUAAACUGUUGUGGAGCAAUGAAGAAAAUGAGGUUUGUGAAGAAUUAGAUGGGUUAGGAGCUAUGGAGAUGGCCAUGGGGUCCUGGGCAGACUGGGUAGCUUCUAAUGUUAAAUCCCACAAGAAACAGAUCUUCUUUGUUACCAUGUCUCCAACACAUCUCUGGAGCCGGGAAUGGGAGCGUGGAAGUGAAGGAAAUUGCUAUAAUGAGAAGAACCCUGUUGAUUGGGAUGGCUACUGGGGAAGUGGUUCUGACUUGCCUACAAUGCGUAUGGUAGAAAGGGUCCUUGGAAAAUUGGGUUCGAAGGUUACUGUUCUAAAUGUCACUCAGUUAUCAGAGUAUCGAAAAGAUGGCCACCCCUCCAUCUACCGGAAAUUUUGGGAGACAUUGAGCCCUGAACAGUUGUCAAAGCCAACGACUUAUUCUGAUUGCAUACAUUGGUGCUUACCUGGUGUACCUGAUGUGUGGAAUGAAUUACUUUUCCAUUUUUUGUAGAGAAAAUACAUAUUCAACAUCAAAAAUCUUAGCAGUUUCAUAUACCAACAGGAAAAGGAUGUUAGCGAAUUCAUGGAAGGGAAUGGCAAAACUGCAGCUUACCCUUUUGAUUAAAUAGAAAUGAUUUCAAAGAGCAAGUGAAAUUUUUGGGGAGAAAGCAAUUAGCGGAACAAAAGUUUCAAUACUGUAUUAGUACCGACUGUGUAAUGCCCAUAUUAUGCAGAGCACCUCAUACUGGGAAAAAAAAAAAAGGAAGAAUAUGUACCCUAAUUUAUAGGGAUCACAAUAGAAAAAUGUUGUAUUUGCGACUUCUUUUGUGUUGUAGGUUAAGUUUCAUAUUAAUAUCAAAUUUAGCGAAGUUUCAUUUUGUGUUAA